UUAUGGUGGCCAUGGCCUUGCUGCCUGUCUCUACACUGACCGCAGUUUUUUAUAUAUUAUUAGCAACAGGUGUGGCUCAGAAAUGCGGGAAUGGACACUGGCAGUGCGAUGAUGGUCCGUGCAUCCCUCGGAAGUGGCGCUGUGACGGGAGUGGGGACUGCCUGGAUGGCUCCGAUGAGAUGAACUGCUCCUGCCCGCAGGAGGACUUUGAGUGUGCUGAUGCCAGCAUGUGCGUGACCAAGUCAGCAGUGUGUGAUGGCCGUCCCCAGUGCAGCGACGGGUCAGAUGAACUCAACUGCAACCAAAGCUCAGGCUGCUUUUUGGGUGACUGGACAUGCAGGAAUAGGAUCUGCAUCCCCCAUGAGCUCCGCUGCAAUGGGGUGGAUGACUGUGGUGACCACUCAGAUGAAGAGGGUUGUGGGCCUUGUGGAGAUCUGAGUGUGCGCUGUCCAAAUGGAAUGUGUUUGACCCAGAGAGAGAGAUGUGAUGGCGUUUCCCAGUGUUCUGAUGGGAGGGAUGAGCCAGUUACCUGUGGUAAAACGUGUGCAGUCAGAAAUGGUGGUUGCAGUCACACAUGCACUGACCAGCUUUGGGGAGCACUGUGUUCGUGUCCUAGUGGGCUGAAGCUUUCUUCAAAUGGAGCAAAGUGUGAAGAUAUUGAUGAGUGUGCUCAGCCUUAUGGGCCCUGCAUGCACACAUGCGUUAACACCAAAGGAUCUUUUCGGUGUCGAUGUUACUCAGGUUUUAAACUUCAGGAAGAUGUGUGUCAAGCUCAAGGAAAUGUCACCAAGCUUCUUACCACCAAGAAGGGAUUCAUUGGAUUAAUCAGUGUGAAAUCCAGAGUAUACAAGACCCUCUUUGCGAUUGAUAGUGACCCUGUAGCCCUGACAUUUGACCUUGCACGGAACCUGUUUUUUUGGGCUGAUGGAAAAGGGAACAUCUAUAAGGCUGAAGAUCAGAAGAGUAGAGUGCUUUAUUCAGGACAUGGUGGAGUUAAUAGUCUAGCUGUUGACUGGCUCCAUGGACAACUUUAUUGGUCCAACUUUUUACUAAAAAGCAUUCACACAGGGGCAUUUGAUGGUAGUGCUGUAGGCAUAGUUAUGUUCAAAGAUACAGACCCAUCAAAUUUGGUCCUUCUGCCACUUGAAAGUGCCUUGUUUUGGAUUAACAAAGGACCCAAUGAUGAAAUGACUGUUGAGAGAGCUGGGAUGGAUGGCUCUAUGCGCACAACUCUGAUUGUUGUAACUGCUCAGUUGCCGAAAAGCCUUACUUUGGAUGUGGCAGCCCGUCGGUUGUAUUGGAUAAGCGAUUUCAAAAUGUCAAUUGAAACUGUGAAAACAGAUGGUACAGGACGUCAUACCUUUCAAGAGUUCUUUAAUGGAAGGUCUGCUCAGAGCCUGGCUGUGUUCAGUGGCUGGUUCUACUGGUCUGACAGCAAGCGUCUGUGGCAAGCUCCUCAAGCCCAGCCUGACCAAAAGAGUUUUGUUCUGAAAGCAGCACUGCCAAUCGUAACAGUAUAUCAUGAGCUCCAGCAGCCUCGAGGUUCUUCUCCAUGUAGGAAGUCAAACUGCCAGCUUUGCUUGCCCUCUCUAGCCAGUCGUGGCAGUUUUACCUGCUCUUGCCCCGAAGAGAAGCUUCCUGUGGCACAGGGCUCAUGUGAAAGUUUUAACCUUGCCUAUGCAACGUCAACAAGCAUAUACACAAUGGAGUAUACAGCAGAGGGUCCUGUAAAAUCUCUUCUCUUCACCUCAUAUGAGGACAUUCAGACUUUUGAUAUUGACUGGAAAAGAGGAUGGGUGAUUUGGGCCAAUGGCACAGGUCAUGUGAAGGCUAGACUUUUCACUGAAGAUGGUUCACAAUAUAUUUCAACUUUGAAGCCUGCAUGCACUGUCAAAGUUGACCAGAAGACUGGAAAUCUGUACUGGGUGUCUUGUGAUGAUCUUUCUAUUGGAGUCACACACAUUAUACUCCCCGAUGAGAGCAUCUCUCAGCAGCUGUACCAGGCCAGUGAAGAGAUAAACGAUGUAUUUGUGGAUUGGCAACGAGGCCAGUUGUACUGGCUGGAGGGUGGUCAGAUCAUCAAUAUGAAGCUAGGCUUGAUGGGUGGGAGUGCAAAGGCCAUCUACAGUUUUGCGGAGAAGAGUGUCAACCAUGUUGUGCUGGAUAGAAAAGCGAACAGCUUCCUUUGGAACUUUCAAAAUGAGCUGCAAGUAUUGAGUCUUCUAAAGAUGAGGAAGUACUCUGCUGGUAAAAAAUGGACUAUUCCAGAUCAGAUUGUAGCUGCCUAUGAGCCCUUCAUGGUUACCAUGUUCAAUGAUAUCAUCACAUUGUGGAAACGGCAGGAUGGGUCGCGUGUUGGAGCGGUCGGUGUGGGGAGUGGUGUAGUUGGAGUUACCAUAGCUAUGAAAGAAGUGAAGCGAGAUGAAGGCUUUAGGAAUGUGUCUCCUACUCAAGUGACCUGUAGCAGCCCCUAUGUCUUGUGUAGAGGAACAUCAGUCUGCAUCCCACAGAUCCAGCUGUGUGAUGGAAAGAAAGAUUGUCCUGAUGGAUCAGAUGAGACGUUCUGUGAAAAUAUCUGCAGAAAACAAGGUGACUUCUUAUGCAAGGACAGAAAGUGCAUUGAAAGGGUUCUUGUUUGUGACGGGCGCAGUGACUGUUCUGAUGGCUCUGAUGAGGUGGGUUGCCCCACUUCAAUUGGAACCACCUUGAGGUGCCGUUUGGGCUCAAAACCCUGUAAGGACAGCAGUGAAUGUGUCCUGCUUAGUCAUGUAUGCGAUGGAGAGGUUGACUGUAAGGAUGGCUCUGAUGAAGAGGGAUGUGAACAUCAAUGCAGAGCAGAUCAGUUCCACUGCGCUCACGGGCGAAAGUGUAUAGACAAGAAGCAGGUGUGUGAUGGGACUCCUCAGUGUCAGGAUCGUUCUGAUGAGAUGAAUUGCUUUACACGCUCGGAAAACUGCAACCAUCACUGUGACAAUAAGACUCGCUGCAUUCCAGAAAACUUCCUGUGUGAUGGAGAGAGAGACUGUGUAGAUGGCACUGAUGAAGCAGACUGCCCUUCAGCCAUGGUAGCUCCCUCAGAUAAACCCUCAACUGAAACAAGCUGUAAAAGGCCCUCUGUACUUUGUGAAGGCACAUUAUUGUGCCUCAAUCAAUCUCAGCUGUGUGAUGGGAAACUGGACUGUCCUGAUGGUUCGGAUGAGUUCUCCUGUCCUACUUGUCCUUUGCACUGUGAUGAAGGCACGGUGUGUCUGACCAACCAGCAGUUGUGUAAUGGAAAAACAGACUGUAGAGAUGGCUCAGAUGAAACUAACUGCUACAAUCAAGGAAGCAAAAGUGCAGGAGCCUCAUCCCUAAAGUGUCCCCUGGGCUUCAAACCAUGCAGGGAUGGAAGUGACUGUAUUCUUAUGAGUCAUGUGUGUGAUGGAGAGAAGGACUGCAAGGACGGUUCAGAUGAGAGCAACUGUGAGCUCAACUGUAAAAAAGACCAGUUUCAGUGUGCCCAUGGUAUGAUGUGCAUAGACAAGAAGCAGGUGUGUGAUGGGACUCCUCAGUGUCAGGAUCGUUCUGAUGAGAUGAAUUGCUUUACACGCUCGGAAAACUGCAACCAUCACUGUGACAAUAAGACUCGCUGCAUCCCAGAAAACUUUCUGUGUGAUGGAGAGAGAGACUGUGUAGAUGGCACUGAUGAGAGAGACUGUUCUUCUACCGUGCCAGCUCCUUCAGUUAAACCCUCUAUCGAAACAAGCUGUACAAGCCCGUCUAUAUGGUGUGAAGGUACAUCGCUGUGUAUUAGUCAGUCACAGCUGUGUGAUGGGAAGUUGGACUGUCCUGAUGGAUUUGACGAGCUUUUCUGUUUAUAUGCAUGCUCAGAUCCAGACCAUUUCCUGUGUACAAACAAGAGAAGGUGUAUAGAGCGGGCUUUUGUGUGUGAUGGCUACUCCGACUGUUCUGAUGGUUCAGAUGAGCUGCAGUGUCCCACUUGUCCUGUGCAUUGUGAUGAAGGAACUGUGUGUCUGACCAGCCAGCAGCUCUGUGAUGGAAAAGUAGACUGUAGAGAUGGCUUGGAUGAAAGAGACUGCUUCAACUCUGUCAAAAAGACUAUAGAAGCUUCAUCCUUGACGUGUCCUUUGGGCUUCAGACCAUGCAUGGAUGGAAGCGACUGUAUCCUCAACAGUCAUGUAUGUGAUGGAGAGAAAGACUGCAAGGAUGGUUCAGAUGAAAGGAACUGUAAACGCAAAUGUGAAAAAGGCCAGUUUCAGUGUGGAAAUGGGAGAUUGUGCAUAGAGAGGAAGAAAGUGUGUGAUGGGACUGCUCAGUGUCCGGAUCACUCUGAUGAAGUGAACUGCUGCAGUCAUCGCUGUGAUAAGAGCCGCUGCAUUCCAGAAAACUUCUUGUGUGAUGGAGAGAGAGACUGUGCAGACAGCAGCGAUGAAGCAGACUGUUCAAGACCAAGUGGAAAUGUGGUAAAUGGAAUAUCUUCCAGUGGUGUGUCAACACUCUUACCUGCUCAGACUCCAGUCUGUAGAAAUCCCUUGGUCUUGUGUGAAGGCACGUUAGUUUGUAUUUCUAAGAGUCAGCUGUGUGAUGGAAAGCCAGACUGUCCCCAUGGCUCUGAUGAGAAGUCCUGUAUGGAUUCUUGUGCAAAAACAGGUGGCUUCUUGUGUAAGGAUACAAGGAAGUGUGUUAAGAGUUAUCUUGUCUGUGAUGGACAACCUGACUGUACUGAUGGCUCUGAUGAGAUGGAUUGCCACAGUGUUGCUGUAAAGGCCACUUAUGCAAGUCCCUUGAGGUGCCGUUUAGGGUCAAAACUGUGCAAGGAUGGCAGUGACUGUGUCCUCCUUAGUCAUGUGUGUGAUGGAGAAAUGGACUGUAAGGAUGGCUCUGACGAACAGGGAUGUGACCUUCAGUGCAAUCCAGGCCAGUUUCAAUGUGUUCGUGGCAAAAAGUGCAUAGAAAGGAAGCAGGUAUGUGAUGGGACUAAUCAGUGUCAAGAUGGCUCAGAUGAAGCAAACUGCUGGAAAGCUACAAGGAGCUGUGCCCUACGCUGUGACCAAAACAGCCGCUGUAUUCCAGAGGUCUUUAUCUGCAAUGGAAUGAAAGACUGCUGGGAUGGGUCUGAUGAAUCUGACUGUGGCAAUCCAGCUGCUUUUUCCCACUGCAAAAGCCCUUCUGUACCCUGCUUGGGGAACUCAAAGUGCAUCUCCAAGGAACAGCUCUGUAAUGGAAGAAAGGAUUGUGCAGAUGGAUCUGAUGAGAGACCCUGUAUUAAGAACUGCCCCUAUGAUGGUGACUUCUUGUGUAAAGACAGGCGGAAGUGUGUUGACAUGAAUCAGGUCUGUGAUGGCCGUUUUCAAUGCACUGAUGGCUCUGAUGAGGUGGGUUGUCCCACUGUUGCCACUGACACCACCACGUUUCCAGCUCAAUUGAAGUGCCGUUUGGGCUUAAAGCCCUGUAAGGACGGCAGCGACUGUAUCCUGUAUAGUCAUGUGUGUGACGGAGAAGUUGACUGUAAGGAUGGUUCAGAUGAAGAGGACUGUGAUGUUAGUUGCAGAGCAGGGCAGUUUCAAUGCGCUCAUGGAAAGAAAUGCAUAGAUUCUAGUCUUGUGUGUGAUGGGAAGCCUCAGUGCCAGGAUCGCUCUGAUGAAAUGGACUGCUUCACACGCACAAAAAGCUGCAGCCAUCGCUGUGACAACAAGACCCGCUGCAUUCCAGACAAUUUCAUGUGUGAUGGAGAGAGAGACUGUGUGGAUGGCACCGAUGAAGCGGACUGUGGCUACCCUACCCAGGUCAGAAGCUGUGAUAGCCCCUCUGUCUUGUGUCGAGGGGGGAAAUUAUGCAUCUCUAGCACUCAAGUAUGUGAUGGAAAGCGUGAUUGCCCAGAUGGCUUCGAUGAAGAGUCUUGCCUCAAAAGAUGUCCGAAGCGAGGUGACUUCUUGUGUAAGGACAAGAGGAAAUGUGUUCAAAGGUCUCUUGUCUGUGACGGACACAGUGACUGUGUUGAUGGCUCUGAUGAAGUGGGUUGCCCUACUGUUGCCUCAAAGACCAGCUUGGUGGCUCCCUUGAGGUGCCGUUUGGGCACAAAGCGAUGUAAUGAUGGCACUGAAUGUGUCUUACUUAGUCAUGUAUGUGAUGGAGAGGUGGACUGUAAAGAUGGAUCUGAUGAAGAGGAAUGUGAGCAUCAGUGCAGAACAGAUCAAUUCCACUGUGCUCAUGGCCGAAAGUGUAUAGACAAGAAGCAGGUGUGUGAUGGGACUCCUCAAUGUCAGGAUCGCUCUGAUGAAAUGAACUGCUUUACACGCAGUGAAGACUGCAGCCAUCACUGUGACAAUACGACUCGCUGCAUUCCAGCAAACUUCCUGUGUGAUGGAGAGAAUGACUGUGUGGACGGCACUGAUGAAGCCAACUGCCCUCCUACCACUAAAGUUCCAUCAUACAGAUUCUCUACUAAAAUCAGCUGUACAGGUUCCUCUGUUCUGUGUAAAGGAACAUCACUGUGCGUCAGUCAGGCUCAGCUGUGUGAUGGGAAAUUGGACUGCCCUGAUGGAUUUGAUGAGCUCUUUUGUUUACAUGCAUGCUCAGAUCCAGGUAAUUUCCUGUGCAAGAACAGGAGGAAAUGUGUAGAGCAGGCUUUGGUGUGUGAUGGCAAUGCUGACUGUCCUGAUGGUUCAGAUGAGCUGCACUGUCCUACUUGUUCUCUGCAUUGUGAUGACGGGACUUUGUGUCUGACCAGCCAGCAGUUGUGUGAUGGGAAAAUGGACUGUAGAGAUGGCUCAGAUGAAAGAAACUGCUUCAACAGUGGACGUAUAGCAGCAGGAGUUUCAACCCUGAAGUGCCCUCUGGGCUUCAAACCAUGCAGAGAUGGGAGCGACUGUAUCCUCAACAUCCAUGUGUGUGAUGGAGAGAAGGACUGCAAGGAUGGCUCAGAUGAGAAGGACUGUGAACGGCAGUGUAAAAAAGGGCGUUUUCAGUGUGCUCAUGGAAGGAAAUGUAUAGAUAUGAAGCAGGUGUGUGAUGGGAUUCCUCAGUGUCAGGAUCGCUCAGAUGAAAUGAACUGCUUCAAACUGUCUGAGGAUUGCUACCAUCACUGUGACAACAGAAGCCGUUGCCUGCCUAAAAGCUUUGUCUGUGAUGGAGAGAGAGACUGCUUUGAUGGUACAGAUGAGACGGGCUGUGCACCAAAGCCAUGUCAGAGUGGGCUGUUUCAGUGUGUCAGUGGCCAGUGCGUGUCCAUAAAGCUCCGUUGUGAUGGUCAUGCAGACUGCCACGAUCAUUCUGAUGAGAAGGGUUGUCAAAAACCUCCACACUGCCCACUGGAGGGCCGUUGUCCCAAUAGCCAUGAGUGCCUUCUAAAGGAGUGGUUCUGUGAUGGUCAUAAGGAUUGCACUGAUGGCUCUGAUGAACAGAAUUGCAAUUCAUCUGUGCUGAAAUGUGGGGAGUUCCAGUGGUCGUGUGCAUCUAAAAUUCAGUGUGUUCCCUCAUCUUGGAGGUGUGACGGCACAAAGGACUGUAAAGAUCAAAGUGAUGAAGCUGGAUGUGGAAAGGUGAAAUGCCCCACUCACCUGUUUCAGUGUAUAAAUGAGGAGUGUGUGAACCCUGAGCUGGUUUGUGAUGGUGUUACUCACUGUCGGGAUGGCUCUGACGAGGGUUUGGGGUGUCUCGUCAAUAACUGCUCCAGCUCACGAAGGCCACAAUGUGAACACUACUGUAUCAGUACUCCACAAGGAGCGAAGUGUGGCUGUCGGGCUGGCUUUAAGAUCCAGGCGGAUGGUUUAUUUUGCGUAGAUAUAGAUGAGUGCAAGGAUACUCGGCCUCCUGUGUGCAGCCAUGCAUGCCAUAACACGCAUGGCUCUUAUGUGUGCCAGUGUCAGCCAGGUUUCUUACUGGAGCCAGAUGGCAGCACAUGCAAAAGCCCAAAGGAGCCCCAUCUUUUGGCUGCAGUGCAGUUUGAGCUGCUGUUGAAGGGCCUGCGGAGCGGCAAUCUCCAAAUACUGCUCCCUCCAGGGCAGACACCCAUCUUUUCUCUGGACUAUGACUUUAUGGACCAGAAACUGUUCUGGGUUAGCCUGGAGGAAGAAAGCAUCAAAUUUGCUGUCCAUGGAGACAAGGGCAACAUCAAGGCACUUGUUAAAGGUGUUAAGUCAGACUCCAUUGCUUUGGACUGGGUUGGGAGGAACCUGUACUGGGUGGAUGGUGUUGCUAGACAGAUUUUGGCAGUAAGACUUGGCAACAGUGUAGUGAAGCCCCAGAACUACAUCGUGAUUGUGGAUGAAGACAUGGAGCAGCCUCGCUCUCUGGUGCUACUACCACAGAAAGGGAUGAUGCUGUGGUCAGAGAUUGGCAGUGAGCCACGGAUUGAGUGUGCUGGCAUGGACGGUUCACAGAGGAAUGUGGUGCUACGCCACAGUCUGAGCUGGCCUGUGGCCAUGGCUGUGGACAUUCUGACUGACCGAAUGUACUGGGUGGAUGAGAAGCUCAAACAUAUUGCUUCAGCCACUCUUGAUGGAAAGGACAUCAGGGUCCUGCAGCUCACUGAGAUCCAAAGCCCUUUUUCUGUGGCAGUGUUUAAUGACAUGGUAUAUUGGUCCGACACCCAGAGGCAAGCAAUUCUUGGGGCUCACAAAACUAGUGGCAAGAACUGUACAGUUAUUCUAAAAAGAGCUGGUCAGCCGUUUGGGCUCAGAGUUGUCCACCCACUUAUGCAGCCUAGGCUGUCUAAACCCUGUGAGAGCCUCAGGUGUUCCCACAUGUGUCUGCUGAACCCAGGGUUACAGGCAGUAUGCCGCUGCCCAGCUGGGCUGCUGUUGGCUGAGGAUAGAGUCACUUGUAGCCCAAUUGAAGAUUCCUCUUCAUUCCUCCUAAUGCUUGCUCCUUCUAUGCUCACUCAGAUUUAUACCAGAAGCUUGCAUGGGGAGGUUGGAUUAAAGCAGUGGCCCGAACACCGUGCCUUGGCUCUUCCUGACAUAGAUGGAGCUACAGGUAUAGACCUGGUCCUCCAAGACAACAUGCUGUACCUAUCAGAUUCCAGCCAGUCUUCUGUGGCCAAGCUUAAACUAGAAGAAUCGGGCCUCGUGCCUGAGGGCAAUCCACUGCAGCUGUUGGAAGAUAUAGUGACUGCUCUGGCUGUGGACUGGAUCACACACAACCUGUACUGGAGCAGCAUCAAGAAGCCCCAGAUCUACGUCUCCUCACCCACCUGGAAGUACACUACCAUGGUGGUGCAGGCUAAUCUCCAGGACACCACCUCCAUUGCACUACACCCACCGACAGGCAGGCUGUGCUUUACAGCUGUGGAGGUGGGAGAUGGCAAAAUCCUGCCACAGGUGGACUGCAGCUCUAUGAACGGCCAGAAUCGCAUGGUGCUGUGGAAAAAGACACAGAUGCCUAUGUUUCUGACCUUCUCCAGCCAGGGCUCAACAGUUUACUGGGCAGAUAUUGCUGCUGAAAUGAUUGCCUCUGUGGACAUUGAUGGCUCCAAUUACAGAGAGUAUAAAACUGGACCUCCCUUAAUUGUCUCUUUUGCCAGAAGCGAGAAUAUCCUCUUCUGGGUCACACUCUACAACGGCACAACCAAUGUGUGGUACAGUGAUGGCGUCCAGCCUAAAAAGAUGUGGUUUGAAGUGCAGACAAACAUUGUUGCAUUGAAAGCUUUCAACAAACACAGCCAGAAAGGAUCCAACCUGUGUGCUGAAAACAAUGGGGGUUGCAGCCAGCUGUGUCUAGCAUAUCCUGGUGGGCGUACAUGCCACUGUACGCAGGGCUACCUCGUCGUGAACACAAGCCAAUGUGUAUCCAGUCCGAAGUGUCCAGCAGGCAGUAAGCCAUGCAGAAAUGGAAAAGAGUGUCUGUCCAGUAUCAAGUUUUGUGACAGAGUUCCAGACUGUCAUGAUGGCUCAGAUGAAGAGGACUGUGCCUACAUGAAGGUUAAGUCAGGUUUCGAACACAAAAAGCCUUUUGCUCCAGGCUCAGCUGGUAUUGCUGGCUCACCUCAGGAUAAUGAAGUGUUGGAACACACGCUGGGCGGUCAGUCCUGCAAUUCUGAGCUGUGUAAUGGCAGAGGUCGGUGUGUGAUGAAUAAGGGGGAGCCAGGCUGUGAGUGUAUGCAGGGCUACAGUGGAACGUACUGUCAGGAAGGAGGAUCCAGCAGUGCUCCUAUUGUCCUUUCCGUUCUCUUCAUCAUUGCCGUAGUCAUCGCUGCUGCUGUGAUUUUAAAGAGGAGAAGAGACAUAGAAGCAAAUGGGCAGCCCACUGACAAGGAGACUCUGAUGAAGGACAUGGAGGAACAUGAGGAACCUGAGGAACCUGAAGCUCACCCUCAAAACUUUGUCAAUGAACUCUACAACCCUGAAGAGGAGGAAAAAGCAACUGAAUCAGUGAACUGAAUCUAAGAUUUUUUUUUUAAGUAAAGGAUAUAACCUGGCCAGAAA